AUGUCCAAAACCGUCAGCGAAUCCGAAGACCGCUCACGCACCGUCCGAUUCCCCUCGCUGCAGAUCGACGCCCACGACCAUGCCAUAUCCCCGACCUCGCCCACGAGGACCCGCGGCUCCAUCGCUCCCCGCGAUACCAUCGGCGCGCCCCUGACACGUGCCUCCACCGACCAGACUCUAUCUCCACUGCGGCGCCGAGCCGGCACCUUCAAGCCGGUCGAAGACUAUGGCGACUUUGAGAUGUCCCGCCCCGGCUGGCAGCCCGGCUCCGAGCCGGGCUUCGACCCCAACAAAUCGGACGGAGGACACGCCUCGAUGCCGACCCUGCGCGCGGACUGCGACAUCUCCGUCUUCGACUUCAGCCACGCCAACAUGGUGCAGCACAAGUUUGGGAACGAGGGCUUCAUCGACUUUUUGCAGAAACCACAGGAUCCCUGGGUCAAGAGCCGCUGGAUCAACAUCAACGGCCUCAGCUGGGACGUCAUCCAGGCCUGCGGCCAGUACUACAAGCUGCACAAGCUGUCCAUCGAGGACAUAAUGAACACGAGGAACCGCACAAAGGCAGACUGGUACGCCAACCACGCCUUCAUCGUCCUGACGCUGCAAAAGCUGGUGCUCCUCCUCGACGAGGACAGCGACAGCAGCAGCAGCAGCAGCGACGACGACGACUCGGACGACGGCGCCAGCGUCAGGACGAACAAGUCCGCCAAGGGGAUGAAGAAGCUGAAGCGCGCCUUUACCAUGGGCGGCAAGCCGCGGCCGGACCCUGAGACGGGGAUACAGGCUGCCGGCAGACCUACAAUCACGGCCCAGGGCAGUGGCUACGGGCGCCAGCUGAACCGACACACGAGCGACCUCUCCCAGUUGCCCGAGACGGCCUUUGUCCGCACCCUCCAGCGCUACCACGCCUCUGCCAACGAGGUCCGCACCCAGUACAUGGAAACGCACUCCUCCCUCAUCUCCCGCGGCCUGGCCGUCUCCGCCGAGCAGGUUGCCAUCUUCCUCACCUCGGACAACACCGUCAUCUCCUUCUUCGAGAUGUCCGCCGAGGACAUUGAGCGCCCCAUCACGGUUCGUCUGGGCGACCCGUCCACCAUCCUGCGGCAGUCGUGCGACGCCUCGCUCGUGGUGCAGGCCAUCAUCGACGCCAUCAUCGACCUCGCCAUCCCGCUGACGGCCGUCUACAGCGACGUCAUUGGCGACCUCGAGCUCGACGUGCUCACGUCCCCGAGCAUCAAGCAGACGCGCAGCCUGUACAUCUGCGUCAGCGAGAUCAACAAGAUGCUCAGCUUCCUCAACCCCAUUGACAACCUCGUCAACGUGCUGCGCGAUCACCGCACCGAGCUGGGCCAGGACGAGGCGGCGCGCCAGCUGCAGAACCCGGCCAGCGGCGUCAUCGUCACCCCGCUCACCCACACGUACCUUGGCGACGUGCUCGAUCACUGCGUCAUCAUCACCGAGAGCAUGCAGCAGAUCAAGCGGUCGGCCGACAACCUGAUUGAUCUUAUUUUCAACACCAUCUCGGCGAACCAGAACGAGAGCAUGAAGCAGCUGACCAUCAUCACCAUCAUCUUCUUGCCGUUGACUUUCUUGACCGGGUACUUUGGCCAGAACUUUACCGACUUUCCCGAAAUCGAGAACCGAUGGGGUAUCAACUUUUUCUGGAUCAUUGCCUGCCCGGUGGUCUUCUGCACCAUCCUCAUCAUGCUGCGCUCCUGGAUCUGGGCCGGGUGCAUAUCCUUCUGGCAGAAGCGCAAGAUCAGCGCCGACAGGAAGAAGCAGAAGAAGAGGAGGGAGAGGAGGGCGAGAAGACGGGCCAAGGCGGACUAG